AUGGAACGGCUCCCGACCCUGCUGGGCAUCACAUUCCAGAAAUGCCGCGGAAUGAGCUCACAUGUGGCACGCCUACAGCAGCAGAUCAACCAGCGACUCAUGCAGCUAGCGGCUGUCUCAUCCUGCAGCUGGGGACCGAAAAGAGACNCACUGCGUGCCUUCUACUUGGCUCUAGUGCAGGCCAAAGCAAUGUAUGGUAUAGAAGUAUGGUACUGGGACGCAUCAUCCACCCCGCGAGCUACUCUUAAUACCGGGCAGCACAAAGCCUGUAAAAUAAUGGCCAGCCCUCCUAAAGGUAGCCGCACAGAAGAUGCUUUACUUGAGGCCAACUUGCAGCCACUAAGCGCGACAGUGCCAAUCUGUACCCUCAAAUAUAUGCUCCUGUGCGAAACGCGAGGAGGGGCGGUACGCGACAGUGCCAGAGUGGUAUACCCGACGGAACACCCCGUACGACAACUGUAUACCACCAUCAUGGCACCUUACCCAGAACUCCAUAUUGAAGCUAGGAUCCCGCCCCUGGCGCCCCUCACGCUACGGUGGGCAUCUCGAGCACUGUUUCACACAUCGCUUGAAGGUGUCACCGCGGAGGACCCGGACGAGGCCAAACUUCAAGCAUUUACCAGAUGGAUAGCCCGACAAUUCCGCAGGAAAGAACCUGCACCACCUGAAAGGCUGCACUAUGAGCUAUGGGCGGAUGGCUCCGUCAAACUAGGAUUGAAAUGUGUCGCAGCAGCCAUGAUCUACCUCAACGGAGAGCUCAUCGCCCAAGCAAAGUCAGGUGCAGGACCGAUUGCGUGUAGCUACCGAGCUGAAUCCAUCGCAUUGCAAGUUGGACUGCAGAAAUUGCUGGACAUCAUUCCCCGUCGCAACACUCGACCGUGCAGAGUGUCUGUCUUCACGGACUCCCUGUCACUCCUCAUGGCACUCCAAACAGGUCCCCUGACAGUAACAGACCCCAUAUUACGACUACUAUGGAACCUGUUAUUGGACCUCCAACACCGCAAGGCACGCAUACGGCUGCAAUUUAUAUUUGGUCACUGUGGCGUUGCAAAAAAUGAGGCAUGUGAUAAGGAAGCCAAGACGGCCUCUGACCUACCACAGCGCGGGGACACGUGGAUACCGGAUGUAGUAGCGCUGGCGGAACGUCACAUACGCAUUCAACAACGGAAACCAUUCAGCUAUUGCUCUAUAAUUUUCUGA